UAACGUGUACGUUGUAUUUAAUGAUCUUGAGGACGAUGUGCCCAUAAUGCUGUUGGUCUGUUUUCUUCCGGGGUGAAGCCAAAGACACAUUUCCACAUUACGUGGACAAUACAUAACAUUUUAUUUUUCUCCAAUAAUWAUUAUUUCAAAUGUUGUAAUUCUGUGAUUGUGUCUGUAGCUUGAAGCACAUAGCCAAGAUGAAGGAAACCGAGGGGAUGAAGACGAGAGACCUACACAGACUGGGAGAAGAGUACAACUCCAUCUUCAUCAGUACUGAGAGCUACAGGAGCGCCCGGCUGGCUGCUGGGGCCUGCUUUAAUGCAGUACAGGCUGUUCUGACYGGACAGGUCCGUAAUGGCGUGGCCAUCGUGCGCCCCCCUGGUCACCAUGCCGAGAAGGARGCUGCCUGUGGGUUCUGUUUCUUCAACACUGCCGCCCUGACUGCCCGAUACGCCCAGUCCAUCUCCCAGCAGCCUCUGCGGGUCCUCAUCCUGGACUGGGAUGUUCACCAUGGCAACGGAACACAGCACAUCUUCGAAGAGGAUGACAGUGUCCUCUACAUCUCCCUACUAACUCUAACCCUCUUCCUCUUCCAUCCAGUUGUCCUCUAA